AUGGUCAUCAGUUUCCUUUUCCAGUCUCUGCACCUCUUCCAUGGCCCAAUGGAGGAUUCCUCCAGUAUACCUUAUUACUGGUUGGCCCAACUGGGUAGCCCCCUGUCACAUGGGUCCUUUGAUGAACAGCAUCGGACACAGUGCAAGCCACCCAGCGCCACAGAUAUCUGCCCCAAAAGCAAAGAAAGUAGCAAACUCUCCCUGGACAACAUAUCGCUACCUGCUGGUGGGGAGGGGAAGAGCAAGGAGGAGAUAAAGACACCAGAACCCGAGGAGGAGGAGAAAUGGGAGGACGCCAGCGAAAACAGGGCUUCGUUUGAUGAGGGGUCAUCGGAAUCCUUUGGUUCGUUAGAUGAGGAAGAGGCAGAAGAAGAGGAGGAAGUAAGGAGUACACCCUCGACAGUACUGCAGAAGGAGCUGGAUGGAGGUCACAUGGAUGACUCGGCCAAAUACAAGCAGGAGUUUCACAGUUUGCCGAAGCAACUGGUUCCAUCUGAGAUCACCCAUUGUCUUUUUCAGCUUGAGGAGGAGUGCAGAGGGGUGGAACAAGAGAGCGAGAGUGUGAAAUGGAAAAUGGAGCUUAUUCACUGUAGUGUUCAGGCCUUGCAGGAGACCUUGAGGAUUCUGCUGACCCGGCUGGUUGAGGCCCAGAGUUUUGAAAAGCACGGUGGACCCAAAGCCCAUCACUUCUGUCCAAUUCACAGCCCUAUCCAAUCACAACACGAACCUCCAAACCCCUGCGGCCCAAACACGCACACGUCUGGUGCCAAACCUGUGCCCAACCUCAUCCUCAACCAACCUCAUCACCAAAUACCACACCCGCACUGUAAGGCUCUCCAUGCCAUAGCCCGUCGCCCAUCGGAAACGUGCCUCACGCACCCCACCAACACGGGAGGAACCUCCGCCCCCAUGGAGCUGCCCAGCUGUGCCCAAAGGAGGAGGGAGCGGGCAAUGGCUUUUCAUGCCAUCACCGAACUCAGGAUGGAGGUGGAACGCUUGCGGGUGGUCCGAGAACAAGAAAAGCAGGAGCAACGAGAAGUCCUGCAAUUUCUUAAAGAGUUCCAGCAGCAGAUGAUGAACCUCCUCAAACAGCGCCAGAGAGAUGAGGAGCACGAAGAGGAGGACAGGAUGGAGGAGUCAGUCUCUGCCAAACUUGACCUCCUCAAGCAGCAAACCAGGCACAUCACUGAAAUGGCACAGCGUGCAGUCUCUGUGUUUGAUCAGGUUGGUGUUCAGCUGGAGGGACUAGGGGCAGUGGGCAGUCUGGUGCGAUCUGCUUCCACUAACAUGAGCACAGCCACAUGGGCACGCGAAGGUGCCACUAACAGACCUCUGCGCUGCCAACGGUGUAACACGGAGACAGAGGACGACCCAAAAGAAGAAUUGUGAAAUGAGGUCAGUCUUACUGACAGCCGUGACUGAAGUUAACGAAUAAACAAACAGCUUCUCUGCAGAACUGCUCUCUGCUUCACAUGAACUCCACUUGAGUGUGAUAUACUCGGCUGGUCAGGGACUUUACCCUUGAUUGUGAUAUAGUCUGUGAUAACUGGAACUACCUUCAAGCGGAAGCUACCAGUAGUAAAAUACAAACCAGCUAUUGUGGUCAAGUAGCAUGAAAAAAAAAAGUUGAUAUGUAAGUGAGAAGUCAGUGGAGCCUUUCUAGAUUAGCUUCCCGGUAACCCUGGUGCAUGUUAGUGUUUUUCUUUGCUGGAACUUGAAUUCAUAUACUUUUAUCAAACAAAAACGAAUCUAAGCCAGACUCUCCUUCAUGACAG